UCACAGUCAAAACCAUUUCACCAUUUCGUUGACGACCUCGAAACAUUCAGAAUGGCCAUUGGACCAUUAGCUCGGAUUUUGGCACAGGUUAUUGUUCCGGUUGUAGCCGUUCUAGCACGUGCACUGCCCGCCGCGUACGCCCAAGCGUUGCAGAACGCCAAAAAACAGGGAGUCAACCCUGCACAGGCAACUUCUAUGCUAAGAAAGACGAUUACGCAACAAGAAGCUUUUCAGAUUUUAAACUUAUCCGAAUCGGAGGCAUCAGCAGAAGCUAUUCAAAAACAAUACGAUAAAUAUAUGGCGGCAAACGAUGUCAGCAAAGGAGGUAGCUUCUACUUGCAAUCGAAAGUUUAUCGGGCAAAAGAGCUUCUUCAAGAAUUCGAGAAAGGCGCCCGAACGGAAAUGAAAAAAGAGUCAAAUCAGUCAGGCAGUAGUAACCAAUAGAUGAAAGCCUCGGCAUUAACUUGCUUCAAAACUAAAGUAUUUCCGUCAAACAUCAUAACAUUGGCUGUCACUGCCAUUGGCAAACUCUUUAACAUGAACGAUACUACUCCAGCCUCGACUCGUGCAGAGGAAAAGGCAGUAGAACCAAGAACAAGGUCAAAAUCACGACUAAACAUUGUGUGAAUUUUUUCCAUCUUUAUUUCUGCUGAGUCUGAUGACACAAACAAGAUGUGUCAUCAUAUCAAUGAACACAUUGUACGUUACAAAUCGCCCUGCUCUAGACCUGCAGCUCCGCUGGCAAUUCUU